AUGGCUGAUUUACUUGCUAAUAUCAAUUUGAAGAAAGCUGAUGGUACAGUAAAGAAAGGAAGUGAUGCACUGGCUAACAAAAAAGUUGUGGCAUUAUAUUUCUCAGCACAUUGGUGCCCACAGUGCCGACAAUUUACACCAAUCCUAAAAGAAUUUUAUGAAGAAGUAGACGAUGACCAAUUUGAAAUAGUAUUUGUCUCAUUGGACCAUUCCGAGGAAGAUUUGAAUAACUAUGUGAAAGAAUCACAUGGCAAUUGGUAUUACGUUCCUUUUGGUUCCAGUGAAAUCGAAAAACUAAAAAAUAAGUAUGAAGUUGCCGGAAUUCCUAUGCUUAUUGUGAUUAAAUCCGAUGGUAACGUUAUUACCAAAAAUGGCCGAGCUGAUGUUUCGGGCAAAGCACCACCGCAAACGCUUUCAAGCUGGUUAGCAGCAGCGUAG